AUCCCAAGACCGCACUGUGCUGCCUCUCUAUCUGUGUGUCUGGGCCUGGUGGCGCUUGCUUAACAUAAACAAUUCUCCCAGAGGUCUCAGCUAGCAAAUCCUGAGCCGCCAUGUCCAAACCCUUGUCCGACCAUGACAGGAAGAAGCAGAUCUCUGUGCGAGGCCUGGCCGGCCCCGAUAAUGUCUCCGAGCUGAAGCUGAAUUUCAACAGGCACCUCCACUUCACGCUGGCCAAAGACAGAAAUGUGGCAACGAGAAGGGAUUACUACUUUGCUCUUGCCCACACCGUGCGGGACCACUUGAUCGGCAGGUGGAUCAGAACCCAGCAGCACUACUAUGAGAAAGAUCCCAAACGUGUUUACUACAUUUCGCUGGAGUUCUACAUGGGCCGCACCCUCCAGAACACCAUGGUGAACCUCGCACUGGAAAACGCCUGCGAUGAAGCCACAUACCAGUUGGGUCUGGACAUGGAGGAACUGGAGGAAAUGGAAGAAGAUGCCGGUUUGGGAAAUGGUGGACUUGGUCGACUAGCCGCUUGUUUCCUGGACUCUAUGGCGUCCCUCGGCCUGGCUGCCUAUGGUUACGGUAUCCGCUAUGAAUUCGGCAUCUUCAAUCAGAAAAUAGUGAACGGCUGGCAGGUUGAAGAGGCCGAUGAUUGGCUGCGCUAUGGCAACGCCUGGGAGAAAGCACGUCCAGAGUAUAUGCGCCCCGUGCACUUCUACGGCAAGACCGAGCAUCACCCCGAUGGAGUCAAAUGGGUUGACACACAGGUAGUUUUGGCUCUGCCAUAUGACACCCCGGUCCCUGGCUACAGAAACAACGUAGUCAACACCAUGAGGCUGUGGUCUGCAAAGGCGCCGUGUGAAUUUAACCUUAAAGACUUCAAUGUCGGUGGCUACAUUCAAGCUGUGUUGGACCGUAACCUGGCUGAGAACAUCUCUCGCGUGCUGUAUCCCAAUGACAACUUUUUUGAGGGCAAGGAGCUGCGUCUGAAGCAGGAAUACUUUGUGGUGUCUGCCACCCUGCAAGACAUCAUUCGCCGUUUCAAGGUCUCCAAGUUUGGCUCCAGGGAGAUUGCUCGCACAGAUUUCAGCAAACUGCCUGACAAGGUUGCCAUCCAGCUGAAUGACACUCACCCAGCUAUGGCUAUUCCUGAGCUGAUGAGGGUUCUGGUUGAUGAAGAGAAGCUUCCAUGGGAUAAGGCUUGGGACGUGUGUGUGCGUACGUGUGCCUACACCAAUCACACAGUCCUCCCAGAAGCUCUGGAGCGAUGGCCAGUGGACCUGUUUGCCCAUCUGUUGCCCCGCCACUUGGAAAUUAUCUUUGAGAUCAACCGUCGCCACCUGGAGAACGUCGCUGCAAAGUUCCCCGGCGAUCAUGAGCGUCUGGCCCGUAUGUCCCUGGUUGAAGAAGGUGGACAGAAGAGGAUCAACAUGGCCCAUUUGUGCAUCGUCGGCUCACACGCGGUCAACGGCGUGGCCCAGAUCCACUCAGACAUCCUCAAAGCCACUGUCUUCAAGGACUUCUACGAAAUGGAGCCACAUAAGUUCCAGAACAAGACGAACGGCAUCACCCCUCGCCGCUGGCUGGUGAUGUGCAACCCUGGCCUGGCUGAGGUCAUCGCCGAGAGAAUCGGCGAGGACUUCAUCCGUGACCUCGAUCAGCUGCAGCGCCUGCGCAAGCUCGUGAACGACGAAGCUUUCAUCCGCGAUGUUGCCAAAGUGAAGCAGGAAAAUAAACUCAAGUUUGCCGUGCAUUUGGAAGAUCACUAUAAGGUUAAGAUCAAUCCGAGCUCCAUGUUUGACGUCCAAGUCAAGAGAAUCCACGAAUACAAGAGGCAGCUGCUCAACUGUCUGCACAUCAUCACCUAUUAUAACCGAAUCAAGAAAGAGCCCAACAAGCAGUGGACACCAAGAACCGUUAUGAUUGGCGGAAAGGCCGCUCCUGGCUACCACACUGCCAAGAUGAUUAUUCGUAUGAUCACAGCUAUCGGCGAAGUGGUCAACAAUGAUCCCGUGGUGGGAGACCGCCUCAAAGUUAUCUUUUUGGAGAACUACAGAGUCACACUUGCUGAGAAAGCCAUCCCAGCUGCUGACCUCUCCGAGCAGAUCUCCACGGCAGGCACAGAGGCCUCCGGCACCGGCAAUAUGAAGUUCAUGCUGAACGGCGCUCUGACCAUCGGAACUAUGGAUGGAGCCAACGUGGAGAUGGCUGAGGAAGCUGGCGAUGGCAAUCUCUUUAUCUUUGGCAUGAGAGUGGAUGACGUUGAUGAAAUGGACAGGAAAGGGUACAAUGCUCAAGAGUACUACAAUCGCCUGCCUGAGCUGAAACAAGCCAUUGACCAGAUCGCUGGAGGCUUCUUCAGCCCAAAGCAGCCUGACUUGUUCAAAGAAAUCGUCAACAUGCUGAUGCACCACGACAGAUUUAAGGUCUUUGCUGAUUAUGAGGACUACAUUAAAUGCCAGGAGAAAGUCAAUGCGCUUUAUAAGAACCCCAAGGAAUGGACCAAGAAGGUGAUCCACAACAUUGCUGGAUGUGGAAAGUUCUCCAGUGACCGUACCAUCGCCCAGUACGCCCGUGAGAUCUGGGGAGUGGAGCCCACACUGGAGAAACUCCCCGACCCUGAUAACCUACACUAAACUGUCCACAUGGCGCCAUUGCCAACAUGAUGAUAAACAUGAACUUGUCUUAACUUCCAUGACAGAGGCAGUUUCAGGCAGUUGGAGUCCAUCCAAAAAAACUUCAACCGCAAUUUCAAAUUAAAUUCUACUUGCAUCAAUUCAUAGUGCCACAAACAAAAGCCAUAGCUACACUUUUCAUCUCAUUUGCAUAUAUACACAAAACCACAGCUUGCAGCAACAUUCAAGGGCUGUAGAGAUUGCAAUUUAGCUGCUGUGAACUUGAUCAAGGAGCUUUGUGAACUGACUGGUGAUUUUUUUUUUAUGCAAAAAUCCCAACGGCACUCACAAGCAAACUCAUUCUGAAUAAAAUGUCAAAAAUGCCA